AAGGGAAUGCAAAUAAUUUCCAAAUCCAUUUCUCAGAUUGAGGUAAGGGGUGCCAGCCGCCUCCUCCAUUCUCAGGCUUUUAGAAAUAUCUAAAAUUCUACACGAGGGCAAAGUCACAGAAUACUGUGCCUGGUAUUCUGCUUCUGCCCAGCCACUGUUUAACAUAGUUUCCCCCAUAAGCACCUGGGAAAGUUUUUUUUUAAAGUUCGCACAAGAAGUAGGGAGUGGGAGGGUGACAGUAUCAGCCACAGCUCACGAUGGCCAGGGGCUGGUUGCAGAAACAACUUUGACCCUCAAGGGCAAAGCUAGGGAUGCCUGCCACCGAUAACUGGUGAUGAGAGGCGGGGAGGUUGAUAGCAUGGAAUUCUCCCAAUAUUCCUGAAUCAAGUGGAAUGGCUGGAUUAGAUCCUCUGAGGUUUCUUCCAGUCUGACAUUUUGUGACGAGACCAUCAACUGGCAUUGGAAGGGCCACGUUUCAUCCCUUACUUAAGAAAGCCUGUGACACUUAGUUCAUCUGCCUUGGCCCCCUGCAGCAGAGAAGGCCGGGCGGGGGGAGAUUGACUGUAACCUGGAUAGAAAGGGAGGCCUUCUGCUUUGAAGAGGCCGCAAUCACCUAGAAAAUGGAGCCGUCGUCUCUAGUAACUACAAUUCCCAGCGGCCUCCACGUAGAGCACGUGCAGGAAUGUGCCAGGCGCGACAGCGUAUCCCGCUUUGCCUUCAACUCCCGGCGUGCUUCACGGUGCUCUUACGCUUCCUUGGUUUCCUACAAGGCCAAAUUUCCUGUUUCUCGCGUGCUUCGUAGCGGCGGACUACAACUCCCAGCAUGCAAAGAGGCUAGAUUCGUUGUUGAGCAUCUAUGGUACGAUUAGACUACAUUUACCAGAAAGCCGAGGGACGGCGUGGGGCGGGGCUCAGGCCCCACGUGCACAGGGGACAGGCGGAGGCUCCAGGGCUCAGCGGGAAGCGGAGAGCUGACUAGGAAGAUUUCUGGGUCUUUUGCUGGCCAGGGGAUUUCUCACAGCCUCCGGCCAUGCGGCUCUCCGCUCUGCUGGCCUUGGCAUCCAAGGUCACCCUGCCUCCCAAUUACCGCUAUGGGAUGAGCCGCCCAGGCUCUUUGUCAGACAAGAAGAAGAACCCUCCAGGGACUCGGCGGCGCCGGGUGGCUGUGGAACCGAUCUCUGAUGAAGACUGGCAUCUGUUCUGUGGGGACAGGGUAGAGAUCCUAGAAGGCAAGGACGCUGGGAAGCAAGGCAAAGUGGUUCAAGUGAUCCGGCAGCGAAACUGGGUGGUCGUGGAGGGGCUGAAUACACAUUACCGUUACAUCGGCAAGACCAUGGAUUACCGGGGAACCAUGAUCCCCAGCGAAGCACCCUUGCUCCACAACCAGGUCAAACUUGUGGAUCCUGUGGACAGGAAACCCACUCAGGUGGAGUGGAGAUUCACUGAGGCAGGAGAGCGGGUGCGAGUCUCCACAAGAUCAGGAAGAAUUAUCCCUAAACCUGAAUUUCCCAGAGCUGAUGGCAUCGUCCCUGAAACAUGGAUUGAUGGCCCCAAAGACACAUCAGUGGAAGAUGCUCUAGAAAAAACCUAUGUGCCCAGUCUAAAGACACUGGAGGAGGAGGUGAUGGAGGCGAUGGGGAUCCAGGAGACUCGAAGACAUAAGAAAGUCUAUUGGUAUUGAGUCUGGGGAGAGCCGCUUCUCCCCUCCUUGUCUUAACCUUGAAGGUUGGGGCCGUCUCUUCUUCAGACGCUAAUAAAGAGACUUGAGUCCUC